AUGCCCACAUUUACCGGCCCUCAGCCUGCCGCUGCUUCUGUGACAACCCCUGCCACUGCAGCGCCAGCUCUCCAGUUCCCACCCGUCACCAGGGAUCACAUACUGCAUUGCUCAUAUGACUCUUGGUUUCCCAAAUACCGCACAUCAUGUAUCAAGUCACGGAUAAUUCCACUAUCGCCAGAAUUCAUAGAGUACAUUCGCGAGGACGGCAUUGUUCUCGCGGAUGAUGAUGGAGCUGAGCCAGAGAAUGACGAAUGGGAGUCAGCACCAUCCACGAUGCGGCCACCCAUCGAGGAAGUUGAUACGGACUCGGAGUCAGACAGCGACGAGGAUGAACCCCCCAUGCUGCCGCCAAACCAGAGAUUUCCCGAGUUGCACCAGAUGAUCAAGGACAAGAUCACAGAACUCGGCGGCGCCGUGGCGCCAAAGCUCAACUGGACCGCGCCGAAAGACGCCGCCUGGAUAUCGCCACACCAGAACACCAACAAGUGCACCACGCCCAACGACAUCUACCUCCUACUCAAGAGCUCCAACUUCGUCACCUACGACCUGGAGCACGCCUUCGACGACUGCACACCCACACCAAGCUCCUCCGCCAACGUCCCGCCUUCUUUCAAGCCGGUGCUGGUGCUGCGUUCGUACUUCAACCCGCACACGGCCAUGGAGUUCCGGUGCUUCGUCAAGCACCGCAACCUCAUCGCCAUCUCCCAGCGCGACCUGAACUUCUACGAGUUCCUGAAGUCGCUGCGGGCGGACAUCGUCGCGCGCAUCUUCCAGCUGUUCAACCACAAGCUGCGGUACACGUUCCCGGACGGCAACUUCGCCUUCGACGUGUACAUUCCCGAGGGCGAGGACGAGCCCCUGAGCCGGGCGCGGCUGAUCGAUAUCAACGCCUGGGCACCGCACACGGAUAGCCUGCUCUUCGACUGGAAGGAGCUGCUGGAUAUGGAGGUUCCGGGUCCCGUACUUGGUGUAAUGGGCGAUGAGGACCAGGGCGGCGAAGCGAACGGCGCCGAGACCGAGUCGAGCGAGGAGGAGGAUGAUGACUUCGUCCCGGAGCUGCGGCUGAUGGAGAAGGAAGAUCCGGCCGCGUACAACUUCAGCUCGCCUCAGUACUCGGCACAUAAGCUGCCGAAGGACGUGGUGGAUGCGGGUCUGGCUGGCCAGGGCGGCAUGCGGGAUUUUGCGCGGAAGUGGAGGGAGAUGACCCAAUAUAGGGAGAAUGUUGCGGAUUGGGAGAUCAAUGAUAAGGACUCAGCUAGCUAG